ACGAGCCGGCCGGCUUUGUAUAGAACGUUAACGAACGAGCAAUGCAUGCAGACAUCCAAUAAACUUCUUGUGAAGCGAGAUGUACCUGCGGUCAGUAGGAUGUCAUUGUCGCAAGAAUAUUCAACGGCUCUCCCCGUUAGCAUCAGGCACGUACACGGCGAUGGAACAGUCGGCGCGCUGUCCUCUAAACGCAGCCCCCUGAUACAAAGCCAACAGAGACGCGGCAUGUUUAUCCAAACGCAAGACACGCCGAACCCGAACAGCCUAAAAUUUGUCCCAGGAGUACCGGUAUUGGGGGAGGGAUGUACGAAGGACUUCCCGAGUGCCAAGGACGCGUACUGCUCGCCGCUCGCGAAAAUGUUAUUUCGCAUCGAGGGAGUGAAGGCGAUAUUUUUCGGGCCCGACUUCAUCACGGUCACGAAACUCGACGAGGACGUGGAGUGGAAGCUGUUGAAGCCGGAGAUAUUUGCCACCAUCAUGGACUUUUUCGCGAGCGGACUGCCAGUCAUGGACGAAACCUCUCAGCCUGCAGCGGACACGCAAAUUAAUGCGGAGGAUGACGAGGUUGUUCAGAUGAUAAAGGAGUUGUUGGACACGCGAAUACGCCCCACUGUGCAGGAAGACGGUGGUGACAUUGUAUUUAUGGGCUUCGAGGAGGGCAUUGUGAAACUGAAGAUGCAAGGUUCGUGCACCAACUGUCCAAGCUCGGUAGUAACAUUGAGGAACGGCGUGCAAAACAUGAUGCAGUUCUACAUCCCCGAAGUACUCGGGGUUAUACAAGUGGAGGACGAGACGGACAAGAUCGCCGAGAAAGAAUUUCAAAAAUUCGAGCACAAGGUUAACAAAUUAGAAGAGAGUAAGGACAAGUAGGCGUGAUUGCAGUUAACGAUUUGCAGGACGAUAGUGGACCUACACACGUCAUCUCGUGAUUCUGUACAUCGUAGACAUUGUAUAUUAUGUAUCGUUUAAUUGUAAAUAACAAGACUUAUAAAUAAUGUUGAAGAGAA